AUGCGUGUCUCUGUUCCUACCAUCCCGGACGCCGUCCUCCGGGCUGCAGCCCAGACACCCACUGUCUCUCCCGCCGUAGCUGUCGACCGCAUCGCCCGCUUCUUCGAGCAUGGACAUGUCGCUGUUCUCACUGGCGCAGGGGUCAGCGUGGACUCGGGAAUCCGCGCGUACCGAGGGGAGAAGGGCAGCUACUUGAACCCGAAUUACAAACCCAUCUUCUACCAUGAGCUCAUGGAGGCGACACCGAGGGGAGCGAGCUUCCGACAGCGAUAUUGGCUACGCUCGUACCUGGGCUACCCACCCGUCCGCGAUGCCCAACCCAAUCCUACUCACUUCGCCCUUGCCGCGCUGCAGUACGCGUCCGUCGCGCCCCAUAUAAUCACGCAGAACGUGGAUGGCCUUCACCACAAAGCCAUCCGUACCGCCUGGGACGAUGCCAGACGAGCGGAAGGAAUCCUGGAACUGCAUGGGACCCUACAUAGUGUCAAAUGCUCUCAUGGACAUCCAGUGGACAGACAAGGGUUUCAGGACAUGAUUGGCGUGGCGAAUCCCCAAUGGAAGGCCUACGCGGAGCAGCUGGAGCGGUCCGACUCGCGACCGAGGACGAACCCUGAUGGUGAUGUUGUUCUACCGGAGGGCACACGGUAUGACCAAUUCGUCGUCCCCGAGUGCACCCGCUGCCUGCAGGAGAACCGCCAUAAUUCGAUGCUCAAGCCUGAGGUCAUUUUCUUCGGGGAGUCGAUAUCCGCUCAAGUGAAGGACAAGUCCUUUGAGAUUGUGGAUACGCAUGAAAGGUUGUUCAUAGUGGGCACCACUCUGGCGACGUUCUCGGCGUAUAGGUUAGUCAAGCAUGCGAUUGAGAAGCGUAAGCCUGUCCUGGUGCUUAACAUCGGCCCGACGCGCGCGCACGAGCUCGCGGGCAUCGAGAUCAUCGAGCUGCCCGCGGGCGCGAUCUUCCGGGAGGUCGUUAAGCGCGUCUUAGGAAGUACAGCUGAACGUGACCCUGUCAUUUCGAGGUUACUUACGAGCGGCAUUGUGAAGACUCCACCUGACGACUAUGACGACCCCAUACCGUGACCCACCGGUCGUUAGAUGUGCAAUUCUUUCCACCCUCCGUUCUUCUCAUACACAUUUCGGAUUUGAUAGAGUCAAAUGUAUUAUACAGCAACCACUAGUCGAGAAUGUGUAAAUGGGUGAUGUUUAC